GAACUAGUAAGUACUUACACAACUACAAUACCCAGCAUUCCUGACUCGCGCGUGACGUCAGAACUGAUUGAAUCACUGGCGGGACAAAAAAAAAAUUCCAGCAGAGCAAACGAGUCCGACUCUUCAGCAGCGUUAUACAAUUUAAAGGGGUCAAAUUACUGUAUAAACUUACAAUAGUUACAUCGAGUUUGGAGUUGGUUUACAUACUUUACAGAGUGUGAAAUGGUGGCCAAAGGACAGAAGCGUAAGCUCCUCCACCGGGAGGGCGAGGGAAGAGGAGGAGCGUGGGAGAGUCAGCUGCAGUCUGUGCUGGACAUCUCCAUGGAGAAGUUCCACCGUGACCAGGCCCUCGUGGAGCCCAGCUUGUUACGCUCGGUUCUGAUCAACAACACACUGCGGCAGGUUCAGUCCGAGGUCCGGGCGCAGGUAGAAUCUCUGUCCGCUGUAAAAAUCCCUACUAGAUCACAAACUCACUCCGGGUUGGAGCCCGAUUUCCCCAGUGGGUCCCCUUCGACAGAGCAUAACGCGCCUCUGUUCUCGCUGAAUGAUGAAAAUAUGCAGGAGGAGGAAGUCAUGGCCUGGACUUCAGAGGAGGAUUUCUCUUUAUCUUCAGCCAUCUCUGUUAUUCUCAAAGAUCUAGAUACAGUCAUAGAUGGCGGUCAAGGGCCUUCAAGGGCUCCGCUCGGCUCCGUAGAGAAUCUAACAGGAGAUGCCAGGCUCGCGCAGUGUCCUCUGUCGAGUUCGAGGACUGAAAGAACGUCCAUCAAAUCAGAGGCGGCGUGUCUAGGUUGUCCUCAGGAUGUAGCUUUAGAUAAACUUCUCCUGGACAUCGACACGUCUGUGUUUGAACCGGAGGUGAAUCUUCUGCAAGGUUUCUCCGUCACGGCCGACGAUCUAGUGAAGUAUCUACCAUCCCUGUCCAAAUCUCCAUCGGCAUCCUCUUCCUCAUCUUUAGACUCUCAUGGUCAGGCCACAUGGGAAAUCCAGGAGAUCGAGCAUGUUAUGGACAUCCUAAUGCGGACGUACCCGCAAAGCUGAUUAUGAUAUCAUGUUUCUGAUAUUGAAGUGAUAGCUGGAGUUAUUUGAUAAAAACAGUUUUUUAGAGG